AUGGACCCAAAUGGAGUGUGUGAGUCAUUUCUUGUAGCUGAUAAGCUUAUUAAUGGUGAAGAUGCCUUUACUACAAUGGAGGAAUUUAGGAAAAAACCAGAAUUCUAUGAACAUUGUCCUAAAAGAAAAUGUGUAACAGAUAAAGACGAUAUUGGUGCUUUGAGCACGUAUUUAUUUUUGAAAUUAAAUGCAUUUAAAAACAACGAAAAUGCAGAAUAUUUUUUGAUGUGGCUAAGUGAUAAAUUAUUUAAGAUGCACAAAGAAGGCAAAAAAAAAAGCCAAAUCAAACCAAUCACUUUAGAUAUGGCUUACAAGAUGUAUUUAGAGAGAGAUUUGGGAUAUUUUAGAUAUUGGAAUAUUUUAGGUAAUAUAGAUGGUUUGAAAAAUGCUAAUCUUAGGCAUAUGAACGAAUUUUAUAAGUUACUUAACCAUAUAUGUAAAACAAUUAUAUAUCUUAAAUAUGAUCAUAAUAAAUCUCCGAACCCUCUCCAGAAUUCUACCAAUAGUUCUAAUCAAUAUAUGCUCCUUUAUCAAAAUGUUUCUAAAUGUAAUUCAUAUCUUCAUUUAUUAGAUAAUUUAAAAAAAACAUAUGACAAAUUUAGAAUUACUGUUAAGGAAAUGAAUCCAAAUUUAGCAAUUUAUCUCCAAACACUUACAACGAUAGAAAAUGCCGAUUCAUAUUUUGCGGAAAAUUUUACCAAAUUUGACUUCAGUGAUCCAAAAUGUAAAUUACAAUAUGAUAAAAAUAUACUCACAAAAUAUUUACAAGCAAAAGCUCAAGAGAAGCAAAAAGAUAGUGGAGCCAAUGGGGAUAGCAAUAAGCAAAACAGUCAACCACAAAGUUCAGUGGAUCGAACACCAAAUCCCUCCGCGGAAACAGGAGGUUCACCAACCACACCUGACAAUGGAGAUGAUACAUUAAAAAGUAAAGAUAAAGCAGUAGACGAUGGUCAAAACAAAGAAAACCCUAAAGGGAAUGAACAAACAGAUCCAGGGAGUGACACAGGAAAUAAAACGAGUCCCCAAAUCGAACCAAGCAAUCCAAGCGAUUCAAACAGUCAUACCUUAACUACAGGUACCAAUCAAGGAAGUGAAUCAGGAGGUGGAUUGGUUGAUUCGCAAGGUGAUAAAGUAGGUACAGGCGAUGGGUCUAUUGAUAAAUUAGAUGGGGAUAAAAUAAAUCAAGGAGGAUCAGGAGGUAUAAAUGAUGGAAAGGGCGAUAAAGACAUCAAUAAAGAAGGUACAUGUAGUGGAGCAUGUGACGGUCAAGGAUCCCCAAAUCCUGCUUCAGUAAAUCCAAGUAGUGCACCUGAGAAUUCAGGUGAUGGGUCAAAACCAUCAGGGGACCAGGGUGCAACAAAAUCAUCAGGAACAUUCUAUGGAUAUUGGUCAAGCAAUUGGGGAAAUCGUUUAAACCCCUUAAAUUAUUUACCUAGUGUUUCUGAAAUAUAUGAAACUCAAAAGAGCAUUUUAACAAGCGCCAGUAACAAGAUCAGUAAUGCAUAUAAUAGUGCUGUGACCACUACAAAAGAUAUUUAUAAUAGCGUUGUGACCAAUAUAAAUAAUGCAUACACUGCAUCUACUAAUUACAUUAAUGAUGCUGUUAAUAGUAUGACUAGCCAGUUGAAUCCAUUCGGUAAUUUUACAUCAGGUGAUAAUCAAUUUGGGUCAGGUAGUUUAGGGAAUGGUUCGUCCACAGGCGGCAACCCAUUAAAGACAACGCAAAUUCCAAAACCAGAUCCAAAUUCACCAUCAGCGCCAUCGCAAACUCUAUCACAACCACCGACUAAUCAAGUACAAGAUCCAUCAAAACCAAAGUCUAAUCAAACACAAGACCCAUCACAACCAAAAUCUGACCAAACACAAGACCCAUCACAACCGCCAUCUUCCCCAAAGCAACUUAGCUCUCCACCCGUUUCCCAAGAUACACUUCAGAACGAUGCAUCUAACAUAGUGCAUCAGCCUGAUCCAAACGACGGAAAAGGAGUUCAAACAAUGACAAUUACUAAAGAUACAUUACCAAGUUCUAGCACGGGUCCAUCAAACACAGAGAAUGGAAGCACAAAUGGAACAGUUGUUAAAAUGAUCGAAAAAUCAUUAAUAUGGUGUAUAGCAUCAAAUAAAAAUUGUGACGUACUGAGUGUUGGUAUUAUAAGCAUUUCAAUAUUUGCUUUUUUAACAAUCAUAUAUAAGUAUCUAUCACUUGGGUGUACAAGAAAGUCGAAGAGAAAAAAAAACAUAAAAAAGGUUAUAAAUUCAAUUGGAGGGAAAAGACCGGUUCAAAUAAUUAUAAAAUCAUAUGAUAGGAACAAAGACCUAAAACCGGUUAUAAAUUCAGUUGGUAGAAAAAAAGAUCCAUUAUUAAAUAUAUACAAACUUAUGCAGGCUGAUCCUAUACCAUUUAUUAAUUUAUUUUUUUUGUUAAUUUUUUUUGUUUAUAAAAAAAAAUUUAAUUAUUUAGAAUUAUGA